AUGGAUAAGCAACCUGAAGGCCUCAAAAUAAAGCGGGAGAUCGGGUUAAUUGGAGGAAUAUCCAUCGUGUCUGGGACCAUGAUCGGAUCUGGUAUCUUCAUGUCCCCACAGUUUGUACUGAGCUAUGUGGGAAGUCCUGGAGCCAGUCUGUUGGUGUGGGCUCUGUCAGGAGUGGUGUCCAUGAUGGCAGCCCUUUGCUACACAGAACUCGGGACCAUCAUCGGCGACUCCGGAGGGGAAUUUAUCUACAUCUUCAGGACAUACGGCCCUCUCCCAGCCUUUUUUGAUGGACUAAAUUUGAUUGUGCUCUCGAAACCUUUCGGGAUUGCCGCAAUGUCUAUAAGUAUAGCAGAAUACUCCCUGGCUCCGUUUUACCCAGGGUGUGCACCUCCCGAGUUUGUGGUCAAGUGUGUUGGUGCUGCGGCCAUUUUGUUGGUCGCCACGGUGAACAGUCUUAAUGUGCGUGUUGCCGUGAGAGUUCAGGUGGUCUUCCUUGUGGCGAAAGUACUGGCUUUGACCACAAUCGUGAUAGGGGGAUUAGUAGCUGUAGCACAGGACAGCAGCACUAUUGUGGAUAAUUUAAGCCUCGAAAACUCAUUUGUUGGAACAGGGACCUCUGUGAGCACGUUUGGAAUGGCCUUUUACCAAGGACUCUGGUCGUUUGCUGGAUGGUACAACCUUAACUUUGUCACGGAGGAGUUGAAAAAACCAGAGGUAAAUCUUCCCAAAGCUAUCGUCGUCGGCGUUUCCCUGGUAACAGUUUUGUACCUGUUGGUCAAUGUGAGCUAUCUGUCUGUGAUGACCCCCAACGAGCUCAUGUCCUCCAACGCUGUAGCAGUCACAUGGGGGAACAAGGUUUUAGGGAGAUGGGGAUGGAUCAUGUCUGUGGCUGCUGCCUUGUCUGCCUUUGGAUCUUUGAACGGCUCCCUGUUUGCUGGUGGACGAAUUGUGUCCGUGGUUGCCAGAGAAGGACUUUUGCCGGACAUUCUAUCCAUGGCCCAUGUGCGCAGACUGACUCCCUCUCCAUCGCUCAUCUUCACCACCUUCAUCUCCUUGGUCGUUCUCCUGUCUGGGGAUUUUAAAACCAUUGUCAACUACUCAAGCUUUGUUGGCUGGUUCUUCUACGCCGUGACAGUAUCGUGUGUCAUCUAUCUCCGCAUUAAGAAACCGUCGCUUCCCAGACCAUACAAAGUUUUCAUCUUACUGCCUGUGCUGGUUGUGGCGGCAUCGAUCUUUUUUGUUCUGACGCCCAUUUUAGACAAUCCGCAGUUAGAAUAUUUGUACGUGGCUUUAUCCCUCUUAAGCGGAAUCAUCCUCUACAUUCCUUUCAUUCAUUACAAAGUGUGUCCUCGCCUCUUAACCAAGCUCACCGUGUUCCUACAAGUCUUUCUGGAAGUUUCACCGGCAGAGAAAAAUGUCUAA